AUGAAGUCUGAUCACGAUAAUGUUAGACUAGUGGUAGAAGAAGAUAGAAUCAGCAGGUUGCCAGACGAGCUUAUUCAUAAGAUCCUGUCUUGUUUUGAUAUUAAAGUUGCUGUUCAAACAUGUGUGCUAUCAUCGAGAUGGAAGCUUCUCUGGACAUCAAUGCCCUUUCUCAACUUCUCAAAUGUGAAGGUUCCUGACCUCUGUUCGUUUGCCAAAUUCGUGACUCAUGUUCUGUGUGGCCUCAACCAUCAAAUACAUGUGUCUUCCGUAAAGCUAGAUUUCAAAGGAGCAGCCAAUGAGGAUUUUGGUAUUGCAUUGUGUGGUGAUCUUUUCUCUAAAUGUGUGAACUUAAAGAACCUCACUUUAAAAAGAUUCACGAUCAAGGGUGUAGAUGUAUUUGACAUCAUUGCCCCUCGACUUUCUAAUCUCAGGCUUAUCAACAGCAGUUGUUCAAAAGUCAUAAAUAUUAUAGCACCACAACUUGAGAAUCUCACAGUAGAUAAUUGCCGAAUCAAGUGUUUGAAUGGUCCAUCAGGACUUCCAUGUUUGUGCUACAGGGGUUAUCGGCCCACACCAUUGUCUAAAGAUGGAUUGCGUUCUCUAAACAAAGUGGACAUCUGUUUAUCUAUGUAUUUUUCACCCAUACUAUAUAAGGAGGGAGAUGCUCGCAAGAUUAUUGACAUGCUUCAAAAUCUCCAUAGUGCAAAAUAUCUUACACUUAAUGCUGACAUCGUUGAGUGUAUUUCCUCAUUUCCGGAUUUGUUAUUGGAACAUCCUUCACCUUUUAACAACUUGAUAAGCUUGACUGUAGACUCCAGUAUGAGAGAGUUUCCACACAAAGUAAAAAUGUCUACUGAAGCUAGAAACUUCUUGCUCAACAACUCCCCAAGUGCCACGUUAAGGAUGAUAUAUUCAUAUAUUCAUAAUACUUCACAUGCAUAGCUUAAUGUUUUGAACUCAUUAUCUUUGUUUUAAGCAUAUACUCCUUGAGACCAACCUUGAAUCCCCGGCUUGGCAGAAU